UUUACUUGUUGUGUAUCCAGGUACUGUUUUUUAUUUGUCACUUCACUUGUUUUCAUGCUGUAUUAAUUCGGAGGGAAGAAUCUGAAAUAUGAUUUUAGAGAUGAGCAGAUCUGUAACUAUCUCAUUUUGUUGCAUGAAGACAAUAUGAUGUUUAAGAAUAUUAGAGGAUCAUGUAACAAAUUCUACCAACUAUCAAAUUUUCAGCUGAUGCAGCAAUCUUGUAGAAGGACGCAGAAACAGUUCCUGUCGUACUUGUUUAAUAUCUUGCAUGUGGGAUGUCCUAUCAUCUUAUUUUACAUGGGAUUAUUUUCUGUGGAUUUCAGUUUUCAGCUUUCUGAUGAUGAUCCCUCUAUCCUAACGAACUUUUUCCUUGUGAGGAAUUUGUUUCCCAGGGAACUUCUCGUUUGCUUUGGUCACUUAAUAUCAGGACUGGGCCUGGUUUCUAAUUUUCGUUUGUCCUUUCCGCAUCUGGUUCUGACACCUCCCUAAUGAGACCUACAUAGUUUGAGAGUAAAGCAAAAGGUAAUAGUUAACUCUAUGGAAUCAGUUACAUUUGGUGGUGGUUUAUGCAGGA